UAUGGCUCACAGCGGAACUUUCAGUACGGCUUUACCGCCUAGGUAUAGUAAGCAAAUUUCGAGGAAACAAGUCACCAGAGAAGAAGAUGGAGAGGAUCAAACAGGAGAUUAUUCUGCUCCUAAGAAAAAAGAGCGUCAACAAUGGAAGAAGAAGAUGGAUUUUUUAUUGUCUGUUGUUGGUUUCGCCGUGGACUUAGGCAAUGUUUGGAGAUUUCCAUAUAUCUGCUAUAGAAAUGGUGGUGGAGCCUUUCUUAUACCAUAUGUUAUCAUGCUUAUUUUCGGCGGAUUGCCUCUAUUCUAUAUGGAAUUGGCGUUGGGGCAAUUUCAAAAGUCGGGUUGCAUAAGCGUUUGGAAGAAAAUAUGUCCGAUGUUUAAAGGGAUAGGUUUCGGUAUAAGUGUUAUAGCGAGCUACGUAGCUAUGUAUUAUAAUACUCUGAUAUCUUGGUCGCUUUAUUAUUUUUUUUCAUCAUUUCGGUCGCGAUUGCCUUGGGAUAACUGCAAUAAUAUUUGGAAUAAUAAAAACUGUACUACGAAUCAAACAUUGGGCCAGUCAGCCGCCCAACAAUUCUUUGAAAGACAUGUUUUAGGUGAAAACAAGGCGAAAGGAAUUGAAGAUAUUGGUAAUAUUAGAUGGCCAAUUGCCUUAUGUCUGAUGGGAGUUUUCGUACUUGUCUAUUUCUCUUUAUGGAAAGGCAUCAAAAGUUCCGGCAAAGCUGUUUGGGUAACAGCAACGCUGCCUUAUGUUGUUUUAUUUAUUCUACUAAUAAGAGGUCUAACUCUUCCCGGCAGUCUAGAAGGUAUAAAGUUCUAUUUGACCCCGAGAUGGCAUUAUCUUUUAAAAUCCAAAGUUUGGGUGGAUGCUGCGGCGCAAAUAUUCUUUUCCCUUGGUCCUGGUUUCGGAGUUUUGCUUGCUCUAUCUAGCUAUAAUCAUUUUAACAACAACUGCUAUAUGGAUGCUUUGAUAACUGCUUCUAUAAAUUGCGCAACAUCUUUCCUUGCUGGUUUUGUGGUGUUUUCUGUGCUGGGCUAUAUGGCAAAUAGACAUAAUAAGAGCGUUGACGAAGUAGCAAAGAUGGAAGCAGGCCUAGUAUUUAUCGUUUAUCCCGAAGCUUUAGCUACUUUAGACGGUUCUGUAUUUUGGGCCCUCAUCUUUUUCCUGAUGCUAAUUACAUUGGGUCUUGAUUCAACUUUUGGCGGAUUGGAAGCCUUAAUUACGGCUGUCUGCGACGAGUGGCCUGAAAAAAUUGGGAGGAGGAGAGAGUUAUUUGUUGCUUGUCUGGUAGUAUACUGCUUCAUUGGAGCUCUAGCUACAACGACAAAUGGUGGCCAGUACGUUGUAACGCUUAUAGAUACUCAUGGAGUUCCAAUUUCCAUAUUAUUUAUAUGUUUCCUAGAAGCCAUUGCGGUUAAUUGGUUCUAUGGAGUGAAUAGAUUUAGUGAAGAUAUUAAAAAGAUGAUAGGCUAUUCACCUGGAAUAUUUUGGAAGUUGUGCUGGAGUGUUAUUAGUCCUGUGUUCUUAUUUACACUCUUCAUCUUAUCUAUAACUGGAUAUACAGGUUUAGAAUUGGAAGGCUAUGUAUUUCCAAAAUGGGCAUCUAGUAUCGGUUGGGCGAUGACCUGCAGCUCUAUAAUUCCCAUACCUGCUUAUAUGAUUUAUCAUUUUUGUUUCGUUUGUAAAGGAUCCUUUAGAAAGAUAAACCAUUCAUUCGAAGAUAAAAUAUUGUUUAUUAAAAAUAUGAGUACUGAAGCGUCUUUUGGAGAUUUAGAAGCGUUCAAACGGGCCAAUGCUUUUGUUCGGGAAGAUGGACAAAACAGGGAAAGAAAAGCAUGGCUUCUAGUUGAGCAUGUUAACGAUAAUCCAUGUAGUCUACAACUAUGUGCCACCAGCGAAGAUAAAGGAGACAGUCUGGAUGAAUUUGUGUCGAAUCUUAGGGAUGAUCAAGUUAUGUACGGCCUUAUCAGGUUAACAAGCUCGGUUGAUAUGUCGACGACAGUUAAAUUCGUUUAUGUUAGAUGGAUUGGGCAUGAGGUACGUUUCGUCAAACUUGGAAAAUUCGGUGUUGUUCAUGGCAGUAUCUCGAAGAAUUUUGAUCAAUACCACUGUUUCGUAGAGACCAGCAAUAAAUCAGAACUAACAGAGGCUUGUUUAAUGGACAAGUUAGAAAACAAUGCUGGUACAAGAAAUCAUGUUAUUGAUGGUCCAACCGUUGGUAGGCAGGAAAGAGGAUUCACCGCAACGCAAACACAAACAAGGAAAGAAUUUAAACCGUCCCGAGUAGCUCCGAAACCAUUGGCAAUUGAUGUUGCUCCCGAAGUUUAUGAAGCAAUAAAUAACGUCCAUUGCGAUUACGAGGAAAACAAUUGGUGCUUAAUCGGUUUUGAGAAUGGUAAAGUUGAUAAGAAAUUAGUUCUCUUAGACGAAGGAGUUGGUAAUUUUGAAGACGUCAGUUCGAGAUUCGAAGAUGAUCAAGUGAUGUUUGCCCUGUACAGACUAACAGAUAAAAUAGAUGAUAUUUUAACUGUAAAGUUUGCCUAUAUAUAUUGGCUAGGAGAAAGAGUAAAGCCUUUGCAGAAGGCUAAGGUAUCAGCAUAUUGCCAGCCGAUUGAAGCCUUGUUUAGAGCACACGUUGGUCUGACAAUGUCAAGUAGAAGUGAAGCAAAAGAGUCGGUAAUCGUUGAAAAAGUGUCAGCUAGUACAGGAUCUAAGAUUUGGGUUAAAUAG